AUGGAUCUAGAAACUGAUGAGGAAAAUCUGGUCCUCUAUCGGACCAUGGGGGUGGAGGACGUGCCAGCAGUCUUGGAUGCAGUAGCUGGAGCUUUCCACGAGGGGGAGCCCGUAUCAGCCGCAUCGAGGCCUGCCUGCACCCUCCAGGAUUGGCGCAGCUUUACAGAGAUGUUCCUGCCUCGGAUGGCAGCCGAAGGACUCACCGUGGUAGCCUUCGACAAGACCACAGGGAAGGCAGCGCAAAGAGAUGUUACAAGUGAUGUAUUGGGCGCCUUGCUGAAUGAGGAUUUUAUGAACCCCGAUCCUCCGGGCAUGGAGCGCUUCCUAGAAACCGCUGAAGGGAACUGGAGGCCACUCUUGGCCAUGAUUGAAGACGUUGAGGACACCAUGAUGAAAAUCCAUGACAUUCCGCUGAAGCCGGAAGAGAGGGCCGCUGGAAAGUACUUUCAUCUUUGGAUGCUUGGCGUGACGUCUUCCGCACGUGGCCGACGAGUGGGAUCAAAGCUGCUGAGGCAUUCAUUGCUUGUGGCGAAACAGCAUGGCUUCAAGAUGGCCUUUGCCGAGUGCACAGGUGCUAUUAGCACCCACAUUCUCAAGAAGCACUGCUCUCCACGCUUGGAUGCCUGUGUUGACUAUGCAAGCUGGCACAAAAUGCCCACCUCGGAGGAGGUGAAGAACCUGCCUGCUGCUGGGCACGCCGGCAUGUCGUUACUGUCAAUAGACCUAGUAGAUUUCAUGUGGAAUGAUUCAUAG